AUGUUACUUCAAGUCUUUUUUAUUGUUUGGUUUUUGCCUUUAUUUUUAUUCAUUUUUACAUUCAUUUUUGACUUCUUUUUUUCAUGGUCUUAUAAUUGCUUUUUUUUUUUCUUCUCUCUUUUUCCCUUCCCAAUUGCUUUCUGUUUAGUUACUUUCAUGCAUUCACUACAUUUUCCACUUUCAUUUUUUCUUCUUUUGUUUUUUCUUAAAAUUUCAAUUCGUUUUUUCUUUCCUCUUUCUUUUUCUUCACAUUCUUUUCAGAUUUCUCCUUUUUUCCAUUCGUAUUAUUCUAUAAACAGUUUCUUCCUUUGCAAUUUCGUUUGGUUUAUUUUUUUCGUUCUUAAAAUUGUUUCUUUUUUCUUCCCGCUCAUUUUUUUUAUUUUUAUUCUCUUUUCUUCUUUUUUCUUUUCUCGUUCUUUCAUAUUCUGUUCUUUUUCUCCUUUUCUUUCGUCGAUUUCCCUUAACUUUUCCUCGCUAUAUUCAGCCGUUUUUCUUCUUUUAUCCUGUCUCUUGUUCUUCCUUCUCUUUUGUCUUAUUUCUUUCUUUCUUUUUUCUUCUCGUGAUUUUUUUUCCUCUUGCCCAGCGUUUUCAUUUUUCGUUUCUAUCUUCAUUUUUUUUGCUUUGCUUUUUUUUUUUUUUUUAAUCGCAAUCUCUCUCUGUCUACACUUUUUCUUUCUUUAUUAUAACUUCCGCUCUUUCUUCUUGUUCAUCUUCUUAUUUUUCCUCUUCUUUGCAAUCUCCUUGCCUUUAUUCGUUUUCUCUUCCUUUUUUCCUCUUUCUUCAUCGCUAACUGCUUCUCUUUUUCCUUUUCUGUCUCUUGUUCUUCCUACUCUUUUGUCUUUCUUUCUUUCUUUCUUUCUUUUUUCUUCUCGUGAUUUUUUUCCCCUUGCUCUGCGUUUUCAUUUUUCGUUUCUAUCUGUCAUUUUUUUGCUUUGCUUUUGGCUUUUCAUAAAUUUCCUUUCGCGGCCAACGAUUUAUAUUUUCCCUCAGACAUAUUCUCAGUUUUAUUUUCUCUUAACUUUCCUAUAUCGUGUUUGUUCUAUUUUUUUCUUCUUUUUCCUGUCCCUUCUUUUUAACUUAUCUGUCAUCUUCUCUCUCUCCCCCUCAAUCUCUCUCUCUCUUUUAUUGCCUUCCUUCCUCUCUCUUUCUUUCUUUAUCGCUAACCGCCUCUCUUUUUUUAUCCCUCUUUCUUCAUCACUGUCUCGUUCACUCUCUUCUUCUAUUCUUAUUUUCUCUUUCACGCUAUUUCAAUUGUUCCUUUCUUCAUCGCUAUCAUCUACUCUUUCUUUUCCCUUUUUCAUUACUCCCUUUCCUUCUUUCUCUUUCUUCGUCGCUAGCGCCCUUUUGUUGUCUUUAUGUCUUUAUUUAUCGCUACCUCCAUUGUAUUCUCUCUUUUUCUUCCUCGCAAACUUCUUUCUCUUUCUUUAUCGCAAUCUCUCUCUCUCUCUCUCUCUCUGUCUACACUUUUUCUUUCUUUAUUAUAACUUCCGCUCUUUCUUCUUGUUCAUCUUCUUAUUUUUCUUCUUCUUUGCAAUCUCCUUCCUUUUAUUUUCUUUAUCUUGCUCUUUCGAAUUUUUAAUCGCUAUUUCCCCUUCUCUUUUCUCUUUCUCUCUUCAUUACUAG